AUGUCUGAGCCGCAGAUCCCUUCCAGUGAUCCGUGGGACGAUCUUGAUGGCACGCUCGACGACAUCUCCGAGCUGGACAUCCAGUCGGCCCUGUCGCACCAGCGCCUGCGCAAAACCUUUGUCAAUGCCGGCUACCGCCAAGGGCUGGACACCGGCAAGGCCGAGACCGCACAGGCCGGCUUCGAUGCCGGCUUUGUCACCGGCGCGGAGCUUGGCUUCGAUGCCGGCCUCUCCCUGGCUUCGGUCGUCUUUGCCAUUUCCGAGGGCAAUGACCCGGCGCGGGGAUCGCCCUUGACCACUCGCGGCCCCGCGGCACCGGGGACCCGCGAUGACAAGGCCAUCCUGCGCGCGCUCAUUUUCGACCUGCAGCGCGUGGCCGUCGGCAACACGGUCACCGCCCGGCCAGCCCCCGGGGAGGACCCUCUCAGAGCCCGGAUCGCAGCCACGGUCCAGUCCAUCGAGGAUGCCGCGCGGCGCUGGCGCGAGGAGGCCGCCACCACGGGCUGGCAGCCGCCGUCGGCCCCGCACGAUCACGAUCACCGGGAAGACCGGUCCUGCUGCGAGGGGAACCAUGGCAGUGCCGGCGACCCGAGCUCGCCCUUCUUCUUCUAUCACCAUCGGCGACAGAUCCAUCCCCAAGAGCAUGAGGCGGACCUCCUUCGGGCACGACUCCUUGACCGGCCGCUGCUGCCCCUGGCCGCGGCUCUGGCUGCAAUUGAGCCCUACUUGCUGGAAGCCAACCAGGUCCCGGCACCCGGCGGGGAGGGGCUCUUCGCCGGGCCCGACAUGGACCGCAGUGACACCUACUACGAGCAGAGUGAAGCCGGGGACCGCCUGCCGGGGUCUUCCCGGUCGGAGCCUUGUGGCAGCAGUCUGGAGCAGGAGCACCAGGAGCGCGAGCAGCUCCAGGCGGCCCUGGACCAGGCCCGCCGCGACCCCGGGAGCCUGCUCAACCGCAUCCGUCGGGUUUUGUGCCCGGGCGACGCGGUGCUCGAGGCCCCCGGGGCGCCCGAGGGCGGCCCCGCUGCCGGCCCCGCCGCCGCCGUUGCUCCCACAGCCACGGCCAGCACCUCCACCGGUGUGUCGUCGCCCACCACCACGCCCGGAGGUGGCCGGUCCACUCUGACCCUUGAGGCCGAUGCCGGCGGUGGCAGCACCGGCGGGUGUUGUGGUGGCGGCGGAGCCCGGCUGGCGGCCAGCCGGGUGGCCUCCGGCCCGGAUGUCGGGAGCAGCAACAGCAGCAGCAGCAACAGCAGCGGGUGCUGCGGCGGGGACUCGCAGUGCGGUGGUGCCGGCGGACAGGCGGCGGCGGCGGCGGCGGCGGACUCGCACCGGCCGCCGCCCUCGGGAGCUCCCGCGGUCGGGCGCCGUACCCCUGCGCCCAUGAUCACCCCGGACCUGAAUGACUGGUGAUGCCCCUUGCCCUGCAUAGCACAUGGUUCUCACGGGUGUCCGGUCCUUCGUCGAGCGAGUGAAGCUUUGACGGAGGCCAUGCCGGAGGUCUGCCACUGGUUGGGGACCACUCCCGGCAUGAAAGGCGGACGUGUCGAACCAGGGGAAUACCGUCGCUUGAAAGGGGGCGCACAGUAACUCGGCCGCGGGCGAGUGGGUGGACAAGCAAAAUAGAAAGCGCUUU